ACUGAACGCUAGCUUUAUGUCAGCAGAAACUGGAAUUUGUUCAACGUGCUGACUGGUUAACGUGCCUUAGUAAUUUUGAUGGAAGUUCAGCGAAGACUUGCUUAGUGUUACCGUGUAAGAAAAUUGUUAUCUAGGAAGUAAAACGCAGGAUCUUUAUUUUUCGCGUAGCCACAUAGCAUAGCUAGUUUGCAAGAGUUAACUUGAGCAGUGAUCGGAAUGACACUGUGUCGUUCACAAAUCCGGAUCACCUGUUGCUGCGCAAAAUUCUACUGAUGGAUUUUUCAAGACUGGUUAUUUUUGUCUUCGCAAUUGUCCUCCCUCCGAACUCCGUGGGUGCUCAACCGCCUAAUUUCAUUCUUUUGUUCGCUGAUGAUUUGGGGUUUGGCGAUUUGGCAAGUUAUGGACAUCCGAGUUCACUGACUCCCAACCUGGAUAAAUUAGCUUCUCAAGGACUCAGGUUCACAGACUUCUACUGUACUAGUCCCGUAUGUAGCCCUUCCAGAGCAGCACUGUUGACGGGUCGCUACCAGACCCGCUCUGGAGUGUAUCCGGGGGUCUUCUACCCAGGCUCCAAGGGAGGGCUCCCCCUGAACGAGACGACCAUAGCAGAGGUCCUCAAGCCCCUCGGCUAUGCCACAGCAAUCAUUGGCAAAUGGCACCUCGGGUUGGGGCCGGACAGAAUGUUCCUCCCCACCAAUCAGGGAUUUGACCAUUAUCUCGGGAUCCCUUACUCUCAUGACCAGGGGCCCUGUCACAACCUGACCUGCUUUCCCCCGGACAUCAAGUGCUUCGGGACGUGUGACCUCGGCGUGGUGACGGUGCCCCUGAUGGCUAACGGCACCAUCAGGCAGCAGCCCGUCAGCUUCCCCGACCUGGAGAAGGCCUACAGCGACUUCGCCACGCAGUUCAUCUCCGCGUCGGCCAGCAGGAAGCAGCCCUUCUUCCUCUACUACCCUUCACAUCACACCCACUACCCUCAGUUUGCCGGGAAGGGGACGACCGGCAAGUCCCUGAGGGGACCCUUCGGGGAUGCCCUGAUGGAGUUUGACAGCACGGUGGGGAAGAUCAUGCAGGCCCUGCAGGACAGCGGCGUCCACAACAACACCUUCGUGUUCUUCACCGCUGAUAACGGGCCGGAGCUCAUGCGCAUGUCCCGGGGGGGAAACUCCGGCCUGCUCAAGUGCGGCAAGGGGACCACCUACGAGGGCGGCAUGAGGGAGCCCGCCAUCGCCUACUGGCCUGGGAGGAUCGCGCCAGGUGUCACUCACGAGCUGGCCAGCACUCUCGACGUCCUGCCCACCUUCGCCGCCAUGGCAGGGGCUCAGCUACCCAAAGUGCCUCUGGAUGGCUUUGACAUGAGAAACAUCUUAUUCAACGGUGGCCCGAGUGAGAGGAAGGCGAUGUUUUAUUACCCCAUAGACCCCAGUGAAGAGUAUGGGCUGUUUGCUGUGCGGGUGGGAAAGUAUAAGGCUCAUUACUACACUCGAGGAGCCGCGCACAGCGAAACGACCCCGGACCACGACUGCCACAUCAUCGCCUUCCUCAAGUACCAUGACCCGCCGCUGCUUUUCGACCUGGAGGCCGACCCCUCAGAGAACUACAACCUGGCCACGCCCGACCACCCGGAGUACAAGGACGUGCUGCAGCUCAUCCAGGACGUGAAGAAGCAGUUCGAGGCGGGCAUGGUGUUCGGGGAGAGCCAGGUGGGGAAAGGGACCGACCCUGCUCUGGAGCCCUGUUGUACCCCGGACUGCAGCCCCAAACCCAGCUGCUGCGCCUGUAGCUAGGCCCGAGUGGGAACCAAGCACGCCCCCUGGCUCAGUCACGCACACACCACUCAGCCAAGCUGAACUGCACUGAACAUUCCUAACAUGACUGUGCACUGUGACAGAAUCAAUCCACAGACCCAAGAGAGUGGUCACAUUGUCUGGGGGUUCAUUUUUUUAAAUUACAUUGAAUUGCUUAUUAGGUGGCCUUACCCAGAGAAGGUGACAGUGCUGGCCAUUCUCCAUGUUCUGCUACGCAAAUAAUUCUGCUGCUGGCUUUUUACAGACAAUUGCAAUACAAUGCAAUUACAUUUUUACAAUUACAGUAAAGUACCAUGCCCAAUUGCAGUGACCCUCUAAGGAUCGGAACCAAUGACCCCAUGUUUGAUCCGAGUUGUAUCAUUUUACACAGAUUCUUUGUUACAUACAUUAUAAUUCUGGUUAUAGAAUAUGAUCAUGGCUGCCUGUAUUAAAUUGGUCCAUUAACAUUUUGGGGAGGCAGGCUGCAAAUAUGCUUUUAAUACUCACUUCAAGUCUUUGAAAAGCAGAGCCUCCUGCAUGCACAACUAACCAGCUUAUGAGGAGGAGUGGGCCAGCCCUCUGAGCACUGGGCCGCCGGUGAUGACGCUUCAAAUGAGGGGAAAGGUCAGCUCUGUGCCUCUCCUGGGGGUUUAUGGGUAAUGUAGUCACUGAGAACAAGGUCAGGGACAAGCCCUUGACCUGGAAUCAUGAAGUGAUAGAAAAACAAAUCAAACCAGGGCCACAUUCUGUUAAGUGAUGAACACCUGAGAGAAACUCCACUUAAGCGAAACACAUGGGUUUCAGAGAACUAUGCACAAGGACUCAUUCACUUAUCAGUCCAAAAAUAUUGGACAGCAAAGCCCUCCAUUUGUAAGCAAUGUUUAUUAAACUACUUAAAAUGUAUUUUGUGAAAUCACU